GAGAGCGGCUGCAUGCGCGGGAGGAUUCCUCAACAGCUUUUGUUUUGAAUUUGAAUUGAUUCACUACCCGAAGAGAAACGACUACACAUAGGACAUUUCAUCCAAAACAAACGUUGGUUCACAGAUUACGUUACACUUGCCUCUCUGUUCACUCACGUAGACUAUAGAGGAGAAUCCGUCGCCCAUCAUUACUAUCGAUGCGAGUGGACACAUGAGCACUUGGGCGGUGGGCUGUAAUUGCUCCGGUCUGCAGGCUUGACAGGCACUAAGUUGAAGAGCAUCGAAGGAGUUUGUAAGACUUCGCCAAUGUGAAAACACUUCAGAACCAAGGACAGAUCCAAACCGCUGCCUGGCAAACAUGCUCAAAGUGAACAACAUCUGGACUCCGCUUGUCACAUAAAGCUCUGCACGUUGUAUUGUCGGUCGCCCGGAAAAGAGAGCGGCAGACACAUCCGGCAAGAUAAAUCUAGUGCUGCAACAAGGAAAUAUCAAACAUGCUGAAAGAAGACUUCAAUGUGAUCUGCCUCGAGUACCUGUGAACUUCAGCUCCACUCUACUUCCGCCAGCUGAACCCCUUUACCCGAUCCUGCCAUGCUGAGUGUAGUGCUCAGGCCAAAGGUUUUGGCCAGUCCUGCACAUUACUGGCCCCUCCACAUGCUCCUGAUGGAGCUGCUGAUACCGGGGGUCCUGCCCAACAUCUCCAGAUUACUGCCCCCGGCCAAACGUGAGAUCAUUCUGGACGGGGACUUGGUGAUCGGAGGCCUGUUCCCGGUGCACCAAAAAGGUGAUGGCACAGAGGACUGCGGUAAGAUCAACGAGGCCAGGGGGAUCCAGAGACUGGAAGCCAUGCUGCUGGCACUUGAUGAGAUUAAUGCCAGCGAUCGCAUCCUUCCUGGACUCCAGCUUGGCGCCCACAUCCUAGACACCUGCUCAAAGGACACAUAUGCUCUGGAGCAGUCUCUAGACUUCGUCAGGGCCUCCCUCACCAAGGUGCAUGAUCCAGGCUUCAUCUGCCCAGACGGCUCCAGACCCGUCCAAAACGAGGUUCCACUGGCCAUCUCUGGGGUCAUUGGAGGAUCCUACAGUGACGUUUCAAUCCAGGUGGCCAACCUCUUGCGAUUGUUCCAGAUCCCUCAGAUCAGCUAUGCUUCAACUAGUUCAAAGCUCAGCGAUAAGAGCCGCUACGACUACUUUGCCCGCACUGUGCCCCCUGACUUCUACCAGGCCAAAGCCAUGGCAGAGAUCCUGCGUUUCUACAACUGGACCUAUGUGUCGACAGUAGCAUCAGAGGGCGACUAUGGUGAGACUGGCAUUGAUGCCUUCCAGUUGGAGGCCCGCACUCACCAAAUCUGCAUCGCUACUUCAGCCAAGGUGAGCCGCUCCAUGAACCGCCAGGGCUACGAUAACGUGAUCCGCUCUCUGCAGCAGAAGUCCAACGCCAAGGUGGUAAUCCUUUUUACCCGCAGUGAAGAUGCCCGGGAACUGCUUGUGGCUGCUGCUCGCAUGAACGCCACCUUCACUUGGGUGGCCAGUGAUGGAUGGGGAGCGCAGGAGAGUGUGGUGAGGGGCAGUGAGACGGCAGCAGAACGGGCUUUCACCAUCGAGCUGGCCUCCUACCCCAUUCGAGAGUUUGAAGAUUACUUCACCAAACUGAAUCCAUACACCAACACAAGGAACCCUUGGUUUAAAGAGUUCUGGGAGCACCGCUUUGGGUGCAGCCUCCAGGAACCUGGCUGUAGUGAAAACAGCCUGCGAGAUGGACGUUUUGAGCAGGAGUCCAAGAUCAUGUUUGUGGUAAAUGCAGUCUAUGCCAUGGCCUAUGCUCUGCACAACAUGAGGCAAGCUACAUGCUCAAACGCAUCCAAGGUCUGCGAUGCCAUGAAACCAGGCAAUGGCAAAAGGUUCUACAAGGAGUUCAUCUUGAAGACAAAGUUUGAAGCUCCAUUCAGACCUGCGGACACACAGAACAUGGUGCGCUUUGACUCCUUUGGCGACAGCAUCAGCCGCUACAACAUCUUUCACUACCACAAAGAAGAUGGGAAGUUUGUCUACAGGAAGGUCGGCUACUGGGAUCAGAACCUGACCCUGAACACAAGCAUGAUACCCUGGCGUGAGUCUGUAACCCCCACCUCGCAGUGCAGCGACCCCUGCAGGAAGAACGAGGUGAAGAGCAUGCAGCCUGGAGAUGUGUGCUGCUGGAUCUGUAUCCCCUGUCAGGCCUACCAGUACCUGCAUGACGAGUUCACCUGUGCUGACUGCAGCUUCGGUCAGUGGCCCUUGGAUAACUUGACUGGCUGCUAUGAUCUGCCUGAAGAAUACAUCCGGUGGGAGGAUGCGUGGGCCAUUGGACCUGUCACCAUCUCCUGUCUUGGUAUAAUGUGUACUCUGUCAGUAGUGGGUCUGUUCCUUAAGCACAAUAACACGCCUGUUGUUAAAGCAAGUGGACGUGAACUCUCUUACAUCCUGCUGCUGGGAGUCCUGAUGUGCUACCUCAUGACCUUCAUCUACAUCGCCAAGCCUUCCACUGCUGUUUGCACCCUACGCCGACUAGGCCUGGGCACCUCCUUCGCAGUGUGUUAUUCAGCUCUUCUAACCAAGACCAACCGUAUUGCUCGCAUCUUCAGCGGGGUGAAGGAUGGAGCCCAGCGGCCGCGCUUCAUCAGCCCCGCCUCCCAGGUAGCAAUCUGCUGCAUUCUUAUCUCCUGCCAGCUGCUGGUGGCUCUUAUCUGGCUGCUAGUUGAGGUGCCAGGGGUUCGGAAGGAGGUGAGCCCCGAAAGGAGAAACGUGGUCACCCUCAAGUGCAGCAGCAGGGACACCAGCAUGCUCAUGUCACUCACCUACAACUGCAUCCUCAUCAUCCUCUGCACCGUCUACGCCUUCAAGACGCGGAAGUGCCCUGAAAACUUCAAUGAGGCAAAGUUUAUUGGGUUCACCAUGUACACCACCUGCAUCAUCUGGCUCGCUUUCCAGCCCAUCUUUUACGUCACUGCCAGCGACUACAGGGUGCAGACCACCACCAUGUGCAUCUCUGUCAGUCUGAGUGGCUCGGUGGUUCUCGGCUGCCUCUUCGCCCCCAAAGUUCACAUCAUCCUGUUUCAGCCCCAGAAAAAUGUGACCUCACUCAGAGUCACAACCAACCGCUUUAGUGCCACUGUGUCAGCUUCCGCAUCCGCUCCCAGCUCCAGCUACUCUAAAGGAUCAGCCUCUAACUAUGUGCCAGCAGUCUGUAACGGCCGUGAGGUUGUGGAUUCUACAACGUCCUCUUUGUAAAAAAAAGAAAAAGAAAUGGUUUCCCUUCAAGCACAAGACACCAUCCCAUCAUCACUCAUCCCUCCAUGAAACAGGGCGGUGUAUGAUGGAGCCCCCAUGCCAUCCAGCAUGCUGCAGAGAGAUAACUCUGUCUGGGAAGACGGACUGACAGCGGCAAGGGUAACUCUUUACUGUGAAAGCUAAGUGAUGUCUCUACAGCGCGCAGUAUGUAUCAUUUGUAAAGCCUUUUUGUAUAGAUUUAAUAUGCUGUGAUAUCCUUGUUUUACAGAUAGAUGAAAUGCACCGUGCCUUGUCCUAAAGAGUCUUGUUGUCAAAUGGGUGCUUGUGAAGCAAUAGUGUUAUUCAAACAAAAGGCUGUUCUUAUCUUGUCCUUACAGUGCUGUGAGUAUAUCCAAAUGUUGUAGACAUUGAUAAAAAUUGCUAUGAAAUAAAUGUAGCCCUUCUGUUCUACAAAAUAUGUGACUAACCUUAGUGAUUGUGAAAGAGUAGGCAACUAGAGGGCACAAAGGAUGUGUGUUGAUGUAGAUUAGUGUUUGCUUUCCUGUAAUUUAUGUAAAUAAAAUAGUUUUCUUUUACAUAAAAAAAUAAAUACUGCUUUGUAUGCAUUUACUAUUGCAAUUAUAUUUCACCAAAUGCAGCUAUAAGAGACAACAGCUUGAGUACACAAUGUUCGAUUGUUUUUUCAUCUUGAAAACCACAUUACCUUAUUUAAAAUAUCUUGAGUAGAACCAACAACAUAUUGCUUACUUUAAUUAUACCUGAGUAAAGUAAAACUGAAGAUGUUAAGUUUGAGUUACCAUUUUCCCGCCUAAAUAGGAGCAGCAUGAGUUUUAAUUUCGCUGUUACCAUGACUUGUAUUUGGUGCUCUGAUCUCAAAGCUAUAACUAUUGGUGUAACUACUAGUUAAGUAUGUGCUAUUAUACAUGUACAGUGCCUAUAAAAUGUAUUCACCCAAG